AUGAAGGCCACUUUCGUUGUUUCUGUCAUGCUUGCCAGCCUUGCCAUGGCUUCUCCCGUCCAGCUUCAGCCUACCGUUGCUUGCAAGGUCGACAACGACUGCAAGCCCAAUGAGCAGUGUAACGACGUUGGAGAGUGCAUUCCUAUCAAGGCUACUCGUGAUGCUCCUCUGGCGAAGAUCGGCCAGGAUUGUCAGUCUACUAGCGACUGUGUCAAGGGCCUUGUCUGUGACCAGGACAAGAACAUCUGCGAUGCCCCCAACACCCACAACAAGCGUGGUGACACCCUCUCGCAGCUGGGUCAGGACUGCAAGGUUACCAAAGACUGUGUGAAGGGAUUCGUCUGUGAUGAGGACAAGAACGUCUGUGUUGUCCCUAAGAACAAGCGUGACAACGUUCUGCCCCAGAAGUGCAAGUCUACUGGUGACUGCGCCAAGGAUCAGGUUUGCGAUGAGGACAAGAACGUCUGUGUUGUCCCUAAGAACAAGCGUGACAACGUUCUGCCCCAGAAGUGCAAGUCUACUGGUGACUGCGCCAAGGAUCAGGUUUGCGAUGAGGACAAGAACGUCUGUGUUGUUCCUAAGAACAAGCGUGACAACGUUCUGCCCCAAAAGUGCAAGUCCACUGGUGACUGCGCCAAGGACCAGGUUUGCGAUGAGGACAAGAACAUCUGCGUUGUCCCUAAGAGCAAGCGUGACAACGUUCCGCCCCAGAAGUGCAAGUCUACUGGUGACUGCGCCAAGGAUCAGGUUUGUGAUGAGGACAAGAACAUCUGUGUUGUCCCUAAGAACAAGCGCUCCGAGGGCAAGGAUCUGUGCCAGACCGAUGAGGACUGCUCCAAGAAGGAGACUUGCCAGGUUAUCAAGGGCGACAAGGUCUGCGCUGCUCCCUCCAACUAA